AUGGCUCUUCAUAUUAAUAACCAAAAUACUAAUACUUCAAACAUAAGAAUUCCGUUUCCACCAUCUAUCGAAGUAGAUGAGAUCGUACAAUUACAUUUAAGAAAUGGAAUUAAGAGCGCUAAUCAAACCAUGAACGCGUUUUUGAUAUAUAGAAAAGAAUAUAAUCAUAUAGUUACAAAGUAUAACUUUAUACUUAAAGAUAUAUCUUCAUAUGCUACUGCUUCCUGGAAACAAGAACCACAACAUGUAAAAGAAUAUUACAAACAGUUAGCUAAAAUGGUUAAAGACCGUUUCAAAGAAAAAGUUCCUUCUCUUUGUUUCGUCGAUUGUAAUGAUUGUAAUUAUGUCGGAACCGUCGAUCAGUUCCCUAUCUUUACCCUAGACUAUGAACGUCUUGCUAUGGACGAAAAUGAAUUUAUGGAUCAUCUUUCUGAUGAUUUAGCAUUAACUUAUCGAGCAAUUAUCCAGUCAAUACCAUUUUAA